AUGCUUCUUCGCGUUGGACUAUCGUUGGUAGUGCUGCUGGGUUCCACCCACGCGUUGGCGCCGUCGUCGUCGUUGUCACGAUCGAAAACCGCGUUGGCGCUCGGGAUUCCGAAAUUUCUCUUGCCCGACGACUCUGAGCGGGACGGCACCGCGUCCGCUGAUGCGGUGUCAAAGGCCGAAGACCGGUCGGAAAAGAAGAUUGGUCUCGCCGGUAUUUUGCAAUUGAUGACGGCGGGUGCGGGAGCUCCCUUUUUGGGGGACUUUGAAGGCGUCGACAAGGAAACGGGAAAGUUCAUGUUCAGUCUGGAAGCCAACAAUUUGGUGGACGAAGAGGGACAAUCCAAGCAAACCAAAAUGCCGUACUUUGAAAACGGAUGGGUCGAUCCGGAAGACGAGAAACGAGCCAAGGAAGCCUUUAAAUUCCCCUGGCAAAAGUAG